AUGAGCCCUCAGGAUGAGCAGUUCCAAGCAGCAGCCCCUGACCCAGCGGCUUCCUCCGCCGACGAUGGGCUGACCUGGUGGUACGGUGGCUCCGCCGGAGUGGCGGGCAGGUGGCUCUGCAGGAUUGCCGGGGUCAUCGGGGGCAUGUCCUGUGCCUUCGCUGGUCUCUGGAACUGUGUCACCAUCAACCCCCUGAACAUCGCGGCUGGCGUGUGGAUGAUGCUCAACGCCUUCGUCCUGUUCCUGUGCGAAGCCCCCUUCUGCUGCCAGUUUAUCGAGGCGAAUGCCGUCUCUGCGAGGGCGGACAAGCUGCGGCCCUGGCAGAAAGCUGCUUUCUACUGCGGGAUGGCUGUGUUCCCCGUCAUGCUCAGCCUGACGCUGACCACGCUCUUCGGAAAUGCCAUUGCGUUUGCCACCGGGGUGCUUUAUGGCCUGUCGGCGCUCGGCAAAAAGGGAGAUGCCAUUUCCUAUGCUCGGAUCCACCAGCAGCAGAAGCAAAUGGAUGAAGAGAAGCUCACGGGGGCCCUGGAGGGACAGGCUCUCUGAAGCACAGGAGCUGGGGGUAACCUCUCCUGGAUGCUGAGAUGGUGAAGAUAUGGAAAUCCACUCUGCCCUUCCCUCUGCCCGCUCCCUUCCCUGUGAUGCCACGAUUUCCCUGGACACUG